AUGACUGUCACAGAAACCAAAAAUGGGACGUUGCUAGCCAACGGUCAAGUCCACUUGUCAACUGAGAGCUUGAAUGAAGAUGAUCGCGCCGUCUUAGCUUUGCGAAACUUCAUCUUCGAUAUUUGCAACCAAAAUGGGGGUGGCCAUGGCGGUUCCGCUAUCGGAAUGGCUGCUAUCGGUGUCGCCCUUUACAAGUACGUGAUGCGAUACAAUCCAUCCGACUCUGAGUGGUUCGAUCGCGAUAGAUUUGUCCUCUCCAAUGGACACACGGCGAUGUUUCUUUAUGCCCUCAAUCACCUUACUGGCUUUGAUAACUGGACUAUGGAGGAGAUUAAAGGAUAUGGAAGUGCCAAAACAAAUGGCUAUAAGACCAUAUGCCACGCUCAUCCGGAGAUUGAAGUACCAGGAGUUGAGGUCACUACAGGGCCUUUGGGACAAGGUAUCGCCAAUGCUGUUGGUCUAGCCAUCGCGUCCAAGAACAUGCAAGCAAAGUUUAAUCGCCCUGACUUUGACCUCAUUAAGUCUCGUGUCUAUUGCAUGACUGGUGAUGGGUGUCUAAUGGAGGGAGUGGCCCUAGAGGCUAUCUCUUUGGCUGGUAGUCUUGGGCUCGACAACCUGGUCUUGAUUUAUGACAACAACCAAGUCACUUGUGACGGUCCGCUUGAUUGGAUCAACACAGAAGAUAUCAAUACCAAAAUGCGAGCAAGUGGCUGGCAUGUUCUGGAUGUUGAAGAUGGCUCUUAUGACGUAACAAAUAUUGUCACUGCGCUAAAGCACGCAGAAUACUUGACCAAAAAGCCGACCUUUAUCAAUAUUCGCACAGUCAUUGGGCUUGGGACGGAACUAGCCGGUACUUUUAAAGCUCACCACGGGCCCAUUGACAGGGUCAGCGUUGAGACAUCAAAAAGGCUAGCCGGUCAAGAUCCUGCUGUGACGCACGAGGUGCCACCAAAGCAAUUGGCAUACUUUCGCGAACGAAAGACGCACGGUGAAAGGUUGCAGAAGAGCUGGGACUCUUUAGUUGACUCUUAUCGACUUCAAUAUCCUGACCUAGCCCAAGAGAUGGACGCUCGGCGCAGCGGAGACUAUGGAUCAGCCUGGCUUCAGUCUCUCAAGGACAUAAGCUCAAGCCAGUUUGAUGGAAUGGCAACUCGUGAAGUAAAUGGUGUCAUCAUUGAGAAGCUCUGGGAACUGUAUCCAGCAUUGUGCGGCGGUGGUGCAGACCUGGUUAACUCCAACAAGGUGCCGUAUGCUGCCAAUGACGUUUUCCACCCUUCUGUUGGAUUUGGCGGCCGCUAUAUUCGUAACGGAAUUCGAGAACAUGCGAUGGCCAGUGUGGCCAAUGGACUUGCAGCCUACAACCCAGGCACAUUUCUUCCGUUGACGGCAACAUUCUUCAUGUUCUACAUUUAUGCUGCGCCCGGUGUACGCAUGGGUGCACUCAGUGAUCUUCCUGUGAUUCACUGUGCGACUCAUGAUUCUUUUGCUGAAGGUCAAAAUGGCCCUACGCAUCAACCUGUCGAGCUUGACUCGCUAUACCGUGCAAUGCCCAACCUUACAUACAUUCGCCCUUGUGACCCUGAGGAGACUAUCGGUGCCUGGAUUCUUGCAAUGUCAAAGCGCCAUGGACCUACAAUGCUCUCUCUGGGCCGAGAUGCAGUCAGCCUCGUCUCAGGAACAGAUCGCUAUAAGGUUUCCAAGGGUGCUUAUGUAGUUUUGGAGGCGGAGAAUGCUCAGCUUACUCUGGUUAGCUGUGGAACAAACCUACACUAUGCCGCUGCAGCUGCCAAGUCCUUGACUGAGUCUGAAAUUAUUACUCGUCUUGUGAGUGCGCCUAGUUUUGAUCACUUUGAUCAACAGGAUAAGAAAUACCGAGAGAGUGUGUUCCCAUUGGAUGGAACACCUAUAGUUAGCGUGGAGGAGUAUAUCGCCACAACAUGGGCGCGGUAUACGACUGCAAGCAUUGGAAUGACCGGAUACGGAUACUCUGCCUCUAAUCCCAGCAACUAUGAUCGAUUUGGUCUCGAUUCGCAGGGAAUUGAAAAGAAGAUUCGUGGGUAUCUGAAGGACUUAGAUGGUGGGAACGCAAGAAUGGCAGGGUGGAGGCAGCUCUAA